UAAAGAUUCACACGAAUUUCACCGGCAAGGAAGAAAAAAAGAAUAGUUUUUGUUAAUUUUCAAUACAUUCGAGUUAUUUGUAAUUAAUUGCACCAUGUGGUUUUUGUAUUUGUUAAGUUGGAUUGCAUUGAGCAUUCAAAUACUUGUCGUAACUUUAUCAAUAGCUGCAGGUCUUUACUACUUGGCAGAGUUGGUUGAAGAGUAUACAGUGUUUACAAGUAAAGUUAUUGGAUAUUUGAUCAUAUUUACUACAGCUGUGUAUGUAUGCCUACUGUUGUUUGAGGAGCUACCAUUCACUGUCAUAUUGUGUGGCCUGCUGGGAAACGGAGCUUACUAUCUGCUGUUGAACGAUUUCCCAUACUUUGCUCUCACAUCACCAGGAUUUAUUGGUUCUGUUGUGUCAGUGACUGUGAAUCAUUACCUGGCAUUCUCACAUUUUACAUCAGAGUGGUAUCCCUUCCAUGAGGUGCUGGCAUAUUUCACAGUAUGUUUGUGGAUGGUACCAUUUGCUUUCUUUGUGUCAUUAUCAGCAAAUGAAAAUGUUUUACCAACCAUGGCCGAAAGACCAAACAUGACAGGUGAUGAAACAGACGUUGUCUCAAAUUAUUUCAGCCGCAAAGGGAAGAAAUACGGACUUCUUGCUAUGUUGAAAACCGCACAGGAAAGUGUGUUACCGCAGAGAGUGAAAAAACACUUUUGAGGAGAUAAAUUUUAAAGCUGUUUUAUGAGAUUGAAGAAAACCAUUAAGCUUUUAUGUUAUGUGCUGUAGUUGUGAACUCAAUAUUCACAUUAAUGUAGGAAUGUAAAUGGUAGUCCCGAAGAAAUGCCAAUACCUAUGACUGUUUGUUUUUAGUAAUGUUUACAGUGCUUUUUAAAACUUGUGAUAGAUAGAAAAAAAUGUUUUCUGUAUGGAUAAUUAUAAUGUACCCUGCAGUACACAAUUGUUCUGCAUUAUAUUCCUAUAUUUUGUCACCUUGGCUGGUUGAGAGAAGUUUAUGAUAUAUUUAAUAUUCUUUAUUGCAUAGAGUUAAAUGAAGUGUGUUGUGACUAAGGGUACUGUAAUACCAUGUAAUCCUGGACCAAUACACUGAAAACACUCCAAUGCUAAUAUGUUUUUACUGAUCCAAGGCUAUUUUGGUGAAAACACUGUAAUGGUAUGUGGUUACUGAUCCUACAUGUAGAACAGUGCAGACACUGCAAUGUCAUAUGAUCACUGAUCUGGACAAGUACAACAAGAAACUGUAAAACAGUUUCCUGGUUUUGUAAAUGAGCCGUGCCAUGAGAAAACCAACAUAGUGGGUGUGCGACCAGCAUGGAUCCAGACCAGCCUGCGCAUCCGCGCAGUCUGGUCAGGCUCCAUGCUGUUCGCUUUUAAAGCCUAUUGGAAUUGGAGAAACUGUUAGCGAACAGCAUGGAUCCUGACCAGACUGCGCGGAUGCGCAGGCUGGUCUGGAUCCAUGCUGGUCGCACACCCACUAUGUUGGUUUUCUCAUGGCGCGGCUCAAAUGAUAACAGAAGUUUUUUAAAACUUGUAUACUGAUAGAGUAGAGAGAGAAGGUCAAUAUGGGGAACAUUUAGUGGGAUUUAUUGCAUUUUGGGGAAAAUAUUGGCAUGUAACUUUGUAUUUAUAGAUAUUUAUAGAAUUCUUGGGAAAGUCUUUUAUAAAAGCUUUAUUGUUGGAAAUUGUAUUUAUAAACUGAUUCUAAGUUCUAUAAUUAUGUGUCUCUAAGACUAGUUUUUGCUCAAUUUUCUAAAAAAAAAAGUCUUUGGAAUUCUGUUCUUGUGUAUGUUAAACAGGCACAUCUCAAAUUGAUUCCAAAUGUUUCAAAACAUAGAAACUUGCCUUGCUUAUUAGUAAUUAUAGGUAAAAAGAUAAAAUGAUUCAGUGAAUUCUUGGAAACUUAUUUAUGAAGUUUAUAAAAUAUAUUAAAAAGCUAUAUACUGAGUAAAGAAUCUUUAAGAGAGAAAUUUAGCGCUACUUUUUAUUAGCAAUAUUCAUGGGGGUUUAACUUUUGUGGAUUUUGUUGUUGAUUUAAUCUUGAAGAAAAAAACCCAGAAAAUUCAUUUCCUUAUGAAUAAGUUGUUUAUGCAUAGACCACGAAAUUUUAUACCCAAAAAAUUCACUGAUUUCACAGUAUAAUGUUCAUGUAACGUAUUUGAUAUUUCAGGCAUAAUAUCUGUAGAUUAUCAAAACAUUUUGAUCUGCAUCUGUAGGCAUGUCCCUUUAAAUUAGGUAACAAAACAUUCUUUUUAAGACUACCUAUUGCUUGAAUAUAUUUUUUUGUUUUGUUUUUUUCUGUUGAGUUAUUUUAUCACUUUAACAAUGCUUGUUUGGUGUUUUUGUCUCUAUUUUGCUAUUUAGUACAGACUUAUCUGGUAUGCUCUGUGCUUCUGGGACAUCUAUCCUUAUUUUUCAUCUUUUGCAUUGAAUCGUAAUAAGACUAAAACCUGUUACAAAAUUACACAUGUACUUGUAUACCUGAUUACCUGUAUAUUACAAAUAUCUUGAAUGAACAAAUGCUAUAUAUUCAAGAGGUAUUGAUCCAGGUGUAUCCAUUGACUUUACCCAGCUGUUAGAUAAAUCAAUCAUAAUCUCUCUACAAUGUAGUUUUAUAGAUUUCUUUGAACAUUUUGAGAAAAAAUAUUCAACUAAAAUGUAAAGAUAAGAGAAGAAAUGAAAAUAAGUAAUUAUCACACUAUUAAAGCUAUUUCUUUAAGUUAUAUUUUUGUAUGUCAGAAAUGUUGCUAUUUCAUUUGAACAGUUGUUAACAGGUUCAUAUAAUUGUUCUCCUGAAAAGUUUGUAAAAUCAGAAAGAGAUUUAACUUUUUACAUGCUUAAUAUGCUCGUUUUGAAAAAAAAAAUGGGGCCUAUUAUUGAAUGGCUAACUAUGCAGUUUAGUAGCACAACUGAUAAUAUUAUGCCCCCUCUUCGGAGGAGGGCUAUAUUGUUUUGCUGAUGUCUGACGGUUUGUCCGUUUGUAGACCAAUCAGUUUCCAGAUGAUAACUCAAGAACACUUGGGGCCUAGGAUCAUGAAAGUUGAAAGGGAUAUUGCUCAUGACCAGCAGAUGGCCCAUUUUGAUUUAGAGAUUAGUAGGUCAAAGGUCAAGGUCACAGUGUCCCGGAACAGUUAAACUGUUUCUUUGAGGAUAACUUGAAAAUGCUUGGGCCUAGGAUCAUGAAACUUGAUAGGGAAGUUGAUAAUGACUGAAGAAGACCCCUUUUGAUUUUGAGACCAAUUGGUCAAAGGUCAAGGUCACAGUGACCUGGAACAGUUGAACCAUUUCCGAACAAUAUUUUGAGAAUGCUUGGGCCUAGGCUCUCGAAACUUAAUAGGAAGGUUGAUCAUGACCAGAAGAUGAUCCCUAUUGAUUUUAAGAUCAGUAGGUGAAAGGUCAAGGUCACAGUGACCUGGAACAGUUGAA